AUGUCGUUUUUCACCUCGAAUCGCUUCUUGGUGGCUGUAAUCUUUCUAGGCUUUGGCACAGCAUCCGUAGCGGUGCCUGCUCUCUUGACACGAGUGAGAGAUGCCGCGAAAGCGCCAGCGCCAGACCCGCCACCUUCCCCACAGAAGACUCUCCAGAAGGACUCUGAAAAUGCGCUGAAUAUCGAGACGCUUCGGACAUUGGCAGAUGGGUACAGCUACGAUCUGCGGAACUCCGCGAUCAAGAUUGUCGCCAGUCGCACGGCCAGAUCCCGUGCGAGAGAUCUACUACUGAGGGAUCUCGCGAGCAGGAAUUACGAGCGCCGGCAGGAUGCCAUCAAUGCGCUGCGCUUGCUUCUCAACAACAACUCGUUCGGCGUGACUAUAUGCGACCAAUUCAGAGACGCAAAAUCUGUCGCUGCUGUCGUUAGGGCUCUGAUCAACGUUCUGCCUCAGCAUUCGCGACACGCCUCCAGUCUGAAGGCUAAAGCUCCGGAUGAAGCAGGAGACGAGACAGGGCUGCCGCCAUCACCCAUCCGACCCGCAUAUCGGCCGUCACAAGAACACGCUCUGAUGUCACUUCUUACAAACAUGCUAUGCAGUCAUCCCCGGCGUGGCUUCAAGUAUACCUCCGCCAUGGAUGCGGCCCUACAAGCAGGUCUUGUGACGAAAUGGCUAGCGAAUUAUCCCUUUCCUUGUGCCCAACCAGAAAACUCCGGUUUCAACUACAAGCGCUCGGAUGUUGCCUUUCUAUUUGAUCGCAUGGCCUGGAUGAGUGACGACCCCUUGAUGGCGGAUGUGAUCAUCACCGUCAUGCAGUAUCCCACGGGCAGAAAGCAGAUGAGACAGGUCGGCUUAAAUGCGAGCAGUGUCCGAGAGAAUGUUAAUGUCGGUCAUUGGACGCGAAAUUCUUGGGACUGGGUGUAUGCCGAGGAGGGUUCCGAUGAAGACGCAGAUAAUGAUGUGAGAAUGGUCAAUGGCGAGGAUACGGCCGGGACGCUCUUUAUGCCGGACAACAUCACCCUUUGGGAUGAACCCAUGGGCCGCCCUACAACGAGAGCUGGUGCGAGGCUGCGCUCUGCGGAAAGGAGUCAAGAAGAAGAACACCUGAGGAGGCGGCAUCGGGAGGCCAUCGUCGUUGCGGAACGGGGGACACCUUUGAGAAGAGAAAACAUCCUUCAAAGGGAGGACAGCCAGAUUCUACAACCCAUGAACGGUGUCAGUGACGUGGAAGGCGAGUUGAACGGGUUAUUGGGACUCUCCGAGAAUAGAGUCGAACCCGCGCAAGGCGUUCAAGGCUCCAGUGGUUACCCUGUUCACGAAGCACCAGAGGUCCUUGAUCCCGUGGCCGAGGCUGAGGUCGACAGUGAGCUGCGUGCGUUAGAGGAGGCAGUGGCACGGCAGGAAGCAGAAGAGUCGAAUCGUGCUCAGAGCAGACACCGCGAGAUGGAGCAGUUGAUUGAGCAUGACCCAGAGAUACAAGGCACGAAUGGAUCGGCACAUCGCCCGGCGGGAGGCACAACCCUGUCGCCAGACACGAGGAGCCUGGCACGCGAGGACCCAAGCGCUUAG